CUCUCUUAAAAAACACAAACACAAACACUCCCAACUCUCACUCCUUUUCACGCGAAAAUACCGCACGUUUUCUCUUUUCCCUCACUUUCUCUUUCCUCUCCUUCUCUUUCAUUCAGCUUUCAAAGGUUUUCGUUUCUCAAAUGCCGCAUUACUUUACCUUCUUUGAAUCAUAUUUAAACUCUGUAGUCUCUCCCUCUUGUUUUUGUGUCUUAAUGUCUUUGUUUGUAACUCUGUGAAGUAAAUUUGAGUUGAACGUUGGUGUUUAGAGUAAGUUCAAGGUUAAACUGAAGAUUCUGGGGACUUUUUUAGUUUUUGGGCCCUUUACUGUUCACAUUCUGGGAUUUGGUCUCUGGGGUCUUCUCCUUGCUUUGAAUUUUCACAUUCUUCUUCAUCUUAGCUAUGGAUUACUCGUUUCAGCGGAUUUCUUGCGUUGCAUGUCCUUUUCUUUGAGUGGCAUUGGUUUUUGUACCCGUUUUCCAGUCCCCUUUUAUGUCAUUUAAUGUUCAAGGCUUUUAAGUUGUAAUAGAAGGUAUCUGUUUUCAUGGGAAUUCUAGGAUUUUUCUCUUUGUUUGGUAGGUUUUGAUUAUCAAUGUUGUUUGAAAAGGAACAAAAAAAAUUGAUGUUUUUGUGUGUUUUAUGGUGAAAUGAAGCGUUUCUGGAGACAUGGGAAUUUAGUGUGAAGGGUACUUGCAUAAUGGGAUUAGGUCCAGGUGAUAUCCAGGUGGGGCCUUGGAGUGCUGGAAAAUCCAAAGGGAAAAAGAAGAAAAGUAGUGAAGAUGAGGAGCCUGGAUGUUGGAUUAAAUUUAGGUUUAUGGGAAGCUGCUUGUCUCCAAGGGCCAAAGUGGAGGGUUCCAUAAGUGGCACUAGCACUCAAUCUGCUGAAAGUAAAUCAACAAAGUCAAAUGACACCACAAAUGAGUCAAAUGACACCAGCACAGGUCAAGCUGUUGUUCCAGUUGUGUCAUCUUCAACUACUACCAAUGCUGAAAGUAUGUCAUCCACUCCGAACGUAAGUGAGGAGCUUAAAGUUGCUUCUCAGCUUCGAAAAUUCUCCUUUAAUGAGCUUAAGUUAGCAACAAGGAGCUUUAGACCUGAGAGUCUUCUUGGUGAAGGUGGUUUUGGUUGUGUAUUCAAAGGUUGGGUCAAUGAGAAUGGUACUGCUCCAGUAAAACCAGGCACAGGUUUGUCUGUUGCGGUCAAAACCCUUAACCACGACGGACUUCAGGGUCAUAGAGAAUGGCUUGCUGAAGUUAAUUAUCUUGGUGAUCUCCUCCAUUCUAAUUUGGUCAAGUUGAUUGGUUAUUGCAUUGAGGAUGAUCAAAGGCUACUUGUUUAUGAGUUUAUGCCUCGAGGAAGCUUGGAGAAUCACCUCUUUCGAAGGUCCCUGCCUCUUCCUUGGUCCACCAGAAUGAAAAUUGCACUUGGUGCGGCGAAGGGUCUUGCUUUUCUUCAUGAGGAGGCUGAACGACCUGUAAUAUAUCGGGACUUUAAAACAUCUAAUAUACUGUUGGAUGCGGAUUACAAUGCCAAACUUUCUGACUUUGGACUUGCCAAAGAUGGUCCAGUGGGAGACAAGACUCAUGUAUCUACUCGUGUGAUGGGAACCUAUGGUUAUGCAGCCCCUGAGUAUGUUAUGACAGGGCAUCUUACAUCAAAGAGUGAUGUAUAUAGCUUUGGGGUGGUUCUACUUGAAAUGUUGACAGGCCGAAGAUCUAUGGACAAAACCCGACCAAAUGGGGAGCAUAACCUGGUGGAAUGGGCUCGACCCUAUCUUGGCGAGAGACGAAGAUUUUACCGACUUAUAGAUCCCCUCCUUGAAGGACGCUUCUCAAUAAAAGGUGCUCAGAAAGCAAUCCAAUUGGCUGCCCAUUGCCUUAGCCGGGAUCCAAAAGCCAGACCUCUGAUGAGUGAAGUUGUUGGAGCCCUAAAACCUCUGCCUAAUCUCAAGGAUAUGGCUUGUACUUCUUCUCACUUCCAGGCCAUACAAAUAGAGCGCGUGGGGUCCAGUUCAAAGUCUAGAAGUGGCGGUAGAGUGCAGGCAGGAUUGUCGAUAAGGAACGGGCAACCUACCAGGAGCCUUUCCACUCCGAAUGGUCCGCAUGUCUCUCCAUAUCAUAAUAACCAUCUUCACCGAUCACCCAAACCUAAUGUUGGCCAACCUUGACAUUGAGUAUAUGCCCUCUGCUUUAUUUCAUUUCAUUACAUGUUUUGGUUGUGGUGAUUGAAGUAACCAUUGGGAAAAUGAACAUCAGCCAUGAGUUUGGAAGUUCAUGCUGACCUGUUCUUUCUAAUAGCGAGUAUUUGCGGGCACUGUUGUCCAAUAGGAAGGGAAUCAAUUAAAGGAAACUCCAGAAGGAAACAAUGAAGAGCUCCUUGGAAUUAAUGACCAAUGGUUUUGCUGUUCACUUUGGCUGUUUAUUUGCCUUUGUUCUUUUUUCAGAUCAAUAUUCCUGCUGCUUGUUCAUCAGCCAACAUUCCUUCGAGCAAUUGCAAUUAGAAACACAACUUGUUGGUCCUCAUUUUAAUGCUCGUGUCCAACCAUGGCAACAAGAAAUUAAUAUUACUUAGGAGGAUGCCCGUUACCUGCGAUGGUGAUAAUUUGCUAUUUAUUGCAGCAAGUGGUAGUUGAUGAAUUACUAAGUUGAGCCUACUGCAAAUACCAGAAAUUUAGAAUAUUCAUUGAUUUCCGUAGUCGCUUCAAUGUAAGGUCAACCUCAUCAAAGUUUUCCCCUAGAUGACUGUAAUAAUGAAGCUAAAGUCGUAAAAUGGUUUUUGAUAUAAUUAGCGGAAGAAAAAUU